CUUUCUCUUCAUCUUUUUCUUUGUCGUUUUUUUAGGUGCUGCAAGACUUGCAGUCAAUCAAAUGCGUUCGAGUGAACGGAUUUUGUUAGAAGUUGGGAACUUAUAUUUGAUAUAUUUGGCAGAAACUAAUCAUUUAUUCCUUUGAUUUGAUGAAGUUUAUGGAUUUGGAAAAAAAAAAAAAAAAAAGUGUUGGUAGUGGUGGUAGAGGGGUUGGCGGCGGUGGCCUGAAUAUAUAGUGUUGACGGUAAUUUUGUGUUAGUGGUGUAGAAGGAUAAAGAAGAAGAAAAAAGGUCACCCUCACUCUCUCCCAUCUUCACCCACUAAAAGAUAAAGGUCAAAAUUUUCUGGAAAGAGAGAGAAACCAUGAGCAAAUUUUAGUCGAUCUUCUACUCUACUCUCUAGUAUUUUCAUUUCUCUCUCUCUAAAGUUUAUCAAUACAGCCGGAAUCUGAGGAAAUGAAACCGGGAGAAACAACAAUUAUCCGAUCAACACUCGAUAAACCCUUACAACAACUAACAGAAGAUGAUAUUUCACAACUGACUCGUGAAGAUUGCCGGAGAUACCUCAUACAAAAAGGUAUGAGACGCCCUUCUUGGAACAAAUCACAAGCUAUAGAACAAGUUAUCUCCUUAAAAUCUUUGCUAGAAACUGCAUUUGACGACGCUUGCAGUAAUAACAACACCUCUGUUCGUCCCCCAUCUUCUAUUCCAAUUUCAAGUCCGGUACAAACCCAAGUCCCAAGCACUACAGCGAGUGCUGAUUUCCAGGUAUCAUCUCCUAAUAACAAUGAAUCGGUUUCACAUAGGCGAAAAGAUCACGGGUUAUCUGGUGAUUUGUCUUGUCGUUCACCAGUUUCCGACAAUAACACCACUCCUCCUCUUCCUCUUUCCAGAAAUAUGGGUGCAGCAAAUGAGUUAGAGAGUCAGAUGACGAUUUUCUAUAGUGGCAAAGUGAAUGUUUAUGAUGAGGUUUCUGUUGAGAAGGCCCGAGUUAUCAUGCAAUUUGCAGCGAGCCCAUAUCAUUUUCUUGAGGACGAUUUAUCUGCUGGAACUUCAGUAGUUCCACCAUGUCGAUUACAAGCAGCAUCUACCAGACCAGCAAGUGCUGAAAUUUCUUGGCAAUAUGGGAAGGAAGGAACAGUGUCUCGCGGUGCUGAACCAGAAGGUCCAGCAAGCAGAAAAGCAUCAUUGCAAAGAUACCUGGAGAAGCGCAAAGAUAGGGGAAGAUUUAAGGUAAAGAAGAAACUUGGGGGGUCUUCUACGAGCUUGGAGAUGUACGUGAAUCCUCAAAUGAAGUGUCAGAACCCAAAUGAGCAAUUAAGUCCGAGUGGCACCUGCUCCCCUUCAAGGGAUGGACAUAUGUGAGGCUACGUCAAGCUGUAACUAGUCCCAGAUUCAUUUGUAGUGUUGAUGGGCUUGUAUUUUGUUCUCAGCUUGUAAACAAGUUGGGAAGAAGAUUUCUGACUCUUCUUCAUUAAUGGCACCAAAUUGGUCACUAAUCUCAGCCUCCCUUGAUCCUAGUUGUUUUUUCCAA